AUGGCGCUCGCAGACGUCGAAGUAUUCGAAGACGCAUUUCCCCUGGUUCGUAGCUGUCCAGCCCUCAACGAGAUUCGCACGUCGGGAGAAUUGAAAGAGCUCGUCAUAGAGGUAGCUCUCCUUCCUGUUGCCGUUCUUUACACGGCAAUUUGUUCAUGCUUGUUAGGUGAAGGACGGCGCUAUUCUCGAUGCCCAUCGAAUAAUACUAGCAGCUCGCAUUCCGUCAUUGCGAGCUGCUCUCAGUGGCGCCCAUGGGAAGGAUAAUUCGGUGCUAAAAUGGCCGACGGUGCCUCUGAAGUAAAAUCAUCCUCCUUUCUCUGAUUUUGCUUUUGCACUUUCUAGCCUCGCAAAUUCACUCCUCCAGUAUGUGUACACCGGGCAGUUGGAGGUGACCCAAACGAAUGCGAUGGCCAUAGUGAUGUUUGCGAAAAUGAUGAAACUGUCUGAUCUGGAGAAUUGGGGAGUGCAAUUCAUGGCCAGUAGGUAAGCAAGUGCCGGUUCUUUCUGUCUAACUGUCGGCUGUAAAGAGUGAAUUUAGAAAAUCUGGCAACCACAUGGGACUUUGCCAAAUCUAUGCGCAUGGGAUCCCUGAUGGAGACUUGCAUCAAUCUGAUGCAAGAGCAGUUUAGGAGUUUCGUGUCGUCUGACCUCUUUGUUCGCCUGCCAGCUGACACCGUGCUGACUUUGUUGCGAAACGACAAUCUGCCAGUUGACUCCGAGGAGGCAGUUUUUGAGGCGAUUUCAAGCUGGGUGGCUGCCGGAGAUAAAGAGUGCGAUAAUGAGAGACUGAGAUUGCACGCGCCCGAGAUGUUAAAGGAGGUUCGUUGGUGUCAGACGACUCUCCAAUUUCGCAGUCGCCUCGUCGAUAGUCAUCCAAUUUUCCAGGAAGGCAAUAGCUGUGUGUAAGUAUAUGCUGUUCCAGUUCGUCAUUUAUUUUCUAAUGAAAGUCGCCUUAUGGCUCAGGUGGAACAGUGGAUGAUCAUUGCGGACAAGAACAAGCCUCCGUGUCCCUUCAACCAACGUCGGAGAACGCAUCCGACGAUCAUCGUAUUUGGAAAGGACAAAGAUCAGAACAGGUGGUCUGUCCUGCGUUUCAAUCCGCAGCUGCAAAAGGAAGAGAGGAUUUCCGACGUGGAGAAGCGUGAGCACGCCUCCUACAGUGUCGUGGGCGGUGAGUUGCCUGACAGUUACGCACCUCCUCUUCUGCGCACCUGCCUUGUUUUCCUCUUUGUCUAAUUUGACCAGUUGGUGUCCCUUUUUGCCGGAAUUAUAACAAACACACAGUUCUGCCAGUACAGCUGCCAUCGCCACACGAUGCAUAGGAUUGUAGUAGUAGUAGUAGUAGUAGUAGUAGUAGUAGUAGUAGUAGUAGUAGUAGUAGUAGUAGUAGUAGUAGUAGUAGCAGCAGUAAUUGAGGGGUUUUCAGGUGUCCGAGUUGUCCAUUCGCCUGGCCUGUCCCGACGCGUUUGCUGUUUUCCGUCUUCGAUUUACCCAACCGUGUCUCCACCUGCGUGAUUUGUGUCCGUCACUGGCGGCGACUCAACUGGGAGAUUUGUCCGCCCACGUCUUUUUGUCCGACGAUGAUAUUCGCCCUCUUUCUGUCAACUACAUGCCUUUUUUAUUUUAUCUUUCCACUUUAACUUUCUUCCGCGCAAUUUUAUGAGUCUUUUUUCUACUCCACCCCACCCCCACGGAAGAGAGCAUUUUCGUGGUUGGAGGAAAUACUGCACAAGCGAGCAACUCCACGAGUGUCGAGGAGUUUCUGGUGGCAGAACGGCGCUGGCGCAAACGGGCGUCCCUCGCCGUUGGACGCAGCGAGCACGCAGCCACAGUCGUAAGGGAAGCUGGAGGGGGGGCGCUUAUCGGCGUUUUCGGUGGAUGGGGUAACGGUGGACGCCUUUCCUCUUGUGAAGUCUAUGAAGUCAGUCGGGACAGGUGAGAGCACACUCGUCCUGGCGCCUCCUUUUUUUUUUGCAAAAUCUCCCUGUUUUGCCUUCUCACUCGUCUCCUCCUCCUCCUCCUCCCCAACACACACAGGUGGUUCAAACUGCCUGAUCUGCGAGAGAAGAGGGACGCCACAGCUGCUGCCUGCCUGCCCGGCGACAGUCGAAUCUUCGUUUUUGGCGGGCUGAAUGGUUUCUUCUCCCUGCUGGCUUCUGUGGAGUUCUGCCACCUGCGAGCAGACUGGCGAGAGAGGGCGACCUCGUCGGACUUUUGGCAGCCAGCCGCACCCAUGAGAACUGCACGAUGCGCGCUGGCAGCGACACACUUUCGGGGGAAAAUCAUUGUCGCCGGGGGAUCUGGUGGUGGAAACGUGGUGGAGAUGUUCACACCACCAGAUGCCAGGUGUCCCCGGGGCCAGUGGACAGACUUGGCCGGCAUGAAGGAACCCCGCUCGCUUUUCUCUCUUCUCACCUCCACCGACGACGCCAUCUUUGCUCUCGGUAAUGAUGCCUCCUCCUUCUUUGCUCUACACUGACUGCAUUCCUUCUCCACUUUCUCCUCUUUUUCAUGCCAUUCAAUGGCCUUUUCUGCGUAAUCCCUUUUUCUGAGGAAGAUUAAGACAUCCCUAGUGAUGGCAACCAUGUGUAAAUGUGACUUUGCCUGGCGUUUCGUAAACACAACGAAGUUAGGGCCGAUGGUAGUCCGUUUGUAGUGCAAAUCGCCUGCUUCUAAAAAUAGAUUUUUACGAGACUUAUGCAGCCGACUGGUUAAAGCGUCUUCAGUAGAUACUGCGUUCAAAGCUUACUCAGUCUACUCUGAGUUUUAUUGAAAUAAUCUUUUAUUAGCGGUAUUGUGCAAAUCGUACGUUAAUUUUGUCUAUUUUGAUAUUUAUGAAAGUAGAAUUUCACUGGAAUUAUUCACAAUUUGCAGGCUCAGGAAACACGGUGGAGACUUUCACGGCACCAGGCGGGCCAGCUGAUGUCAGCAACGACUUGACAUCUUGGAGUUGGUCGUCUAAGAAACCACUGGAGACGCUCGAAGCGAUCGCUGGAGCUGCAAGCGUUCGCAUGUAA